UUAAAUGUUUGGCACUUGAAACAGGAUUAAAAGAAAUCAGUUGAAAAUGAUCAAUAAGAUCUAUAUCACAAAGGUCGCACCAGGAGGGAUGAGAUCAUUAGCAAUGUUUUCAACCAAGAGCAGUGAUUUUUAUGCAAACAAGAUCCCACAGCAGAACAAUUUGUUUGGAUUUAUUCAAAAUUAUAAGGAAAAAGGACAUAUCUAUUCUACUUUGGACCCAUUGGGUCUAGCAAAUAAUACUGAGAAGGAUUCCUCAUUUGGUUUAGAUCACUGGCAGAUCAGUGAUAUAGAGAGCAUUGCAGGAUUCCCUUUCGAUUACAGACUUAAUGAGGCCUAUAAGGAUCACUGUGGAACUGCAGAAGAAUUAAAGAAGCAUCUUGAAUAUCUUUAUACUAGUAAUGUUGGAGUAGAGUUCAGUCACGUAGAGAGCGAAGAGGAGAAGAUCUGGCUUUAUCAAAACUAUGAAGAAAUUAUGCUAGAGCCCAUUUCUAAAGCAGAGAAGAUGAACAUUCUUACUAACCUGCAGAGAGCAGAAGAUUUUGAACUGUUUUUACAUAAAAAGUUCCCUAGCUAUAAAAGGUAUUCAGGAGAAGGAGCAGAGACUUUGGUCCCAGCAUUAAACUCUAUCCUUGCAGAAGCUUCAUACACAGAUAACAAGAAUCCUGAGCUUAAUAUCCGGAAUGUUGUCAUGGGAAUGCCUCAUAGAGGAAGGUUAUCUACAUUAUGAUUGAUUCAAGACUAUCCAUUCAGAAACCUACUUGCUCAAAUUAGAGGAACAAAGCAAGUUCCUGAUGAAAUUUAUGGUGGUCUUGAUGAUAUCCCAACCCAUAUUGGUCCUUCUAACUCAAGAGUAUAUGUAAACAGUGGAAACAUGGAGAAGCACCAUCGAAUCAGAGUGACCAUGGUUAACAAUCCUUCUCAUCUGGAAUCCCAAAACUCCAUCUCAAUGGGUAAAACUAAAGCAAAGCAGGAUGAUUAUGAAAACCCUCAUCGUGUUUUGAACAUUCAAGGACAUGGAGAUGCUGCUUUUGCUGGGCAAGGAGUAGCAUUUGAAUCUCUAGCUCUAGCUAGUCUUAAGAAUUACACGAUUGGAGGAACUAUUCAUUUCAUCACUAACAACCAAUUAGGAUUCACAGCUACUUCUGAAGAAUCACGGUCUGGAAGAUACUCCUCAGAUGUUGUAAAAGCCUUUGGAAUUCCAAUCAUUCAUGUAAACGCAUUUGACCCAGAGGCUGUCUCAAGAGUCUGUAAGCUUGCUGUCCGCUACAAGAAAAGGUUCAAUAAAGAUAUCAUGCUGGAUAUGAUUAGUUUCAGGAAAUAUGGCCAUAAUGAAGUUGAUGAGCCAGGAUUUACUCAACCAAGAAUGUACGAUAAGAUUAGAUCAACACCUUCAGUAGCUACUCAAUAUACUGAGAAACUUCUUAAAGAGGGUACUGUCAAGAGAACCACAGUUGAUAAUCUCAAAAAGAGAUUCAAUGAUUGGUGUGAAAAAGAAUUUGAAGAAUCUUCAAACUAUAAGCCAACAUUAAAGCAGACAAAGGACCCUCACUUCAAAGGAAUCAGGAGCAUGACUCAUAAAUGGAAGAAUCAUGACUUCUCAACCUUUGGUGUAGAACCAGAACAUACAGGGUAUGACUCUGAAAAGUUAGUCAAUAUUGCCCAUGCUUCAGUCGAAUACCAAGAACACCUGUUCAAUCCUCAUGAAAGACUCAAGAGAACUCAUAUUGGAGCAAGAAAGAAGCUUAUUGAACAAGGAAAAAUUGACUGGGCUACAGCAGAAGUAAUGGCUAUGGGAUCUCUUCUUCAAGAAGGAUAUAACGUCAGACUCACAGGGGAAGAUGUAGAGAGAGGAACCUUCAGUCAUAGGCAUCUGAUCAUGGUUGAUCAAGACAAGAACGAAAAAUUCUUCCCGUUAAAAGGAUCUCCUUAUAUGAUGGAGACAAGAGUAGGCAGGAUUAAGGUCUUAAAUUCCAAUCUCUCAGAAUAUGGUCCAUUAUCCUAUGAAUAUGGAUACACUCUUGAAAAUCCUAACAACUUGUGCAUCUGGGAAGCACAAUUCGGAGAUUUCUACAACCCAGCACAAAUUUUGUUUGAUCAAUAUUUACUUGGAGGAGAAGAAAAAUGGUUAAGACAGACUGGAUUAGUCAUUCUCUUACCUCACGGAUCUGAUGGAGCUGGCCCAGAGCACACAAGCUCCCAUAUAGAGAGACAUCUGCAAAAGGUGAAUUCUCCUGUUUACAAUGAACAAGAUUUCACUGCUGGAGAUUUAACUCAUCAAAAGGCUAACAUGCACAUUGCAAACUGUACAAUGCCAAGCAAUUACUUCCACAUCUUAAGAAGACAAAUGUUGAGAAACUACAGGAAGCCUUUGAUCAUGGCUACUCCUAAGCAAGGACUAAGACAUCCAUUGGCUAGAUCAAAUAUUUCUGAACUGGAGGAAGGAACCAAAUUCCAGCCAAUAAUUAUCGAUAAAUACAUCAAAGAUGAUUCAAAGAUCAACAAGGUUAUCUUCUGCAGUGGUUCUGUCUGGCUGAAGCUCCAUCAAGUUCCUAGAGCACAUGCUGAGCAUGAAAACUGCGCCAUUAUUAGAGUAGAGGAACUAUCUCCUUUCCCCAUGAAUGAAGUUAAGCAAGCACUCCAGGACCUUGACUUAGACAAUGAUACUGAUUUGUACUAUCUUCAAGAGGAGCAUAUUAAUAUGGGAUCCUUCAGCUGGUGCAAGAUGCACAUCAAGAGAGCUCUAAGCAGCCUUGGCUUCGUCGGGAAAUCAGUCAAAUAUAUCGGAAGAGGUGCUGAGGCUUCAAUAGCUACUGCAAGUUCUAAGGACUACAAAGCCACAGAAGAAAAGUUUAUGAAUGAGUUCAAACAAACAAUCGGGAUUCAUGAAUAG